AUGAAUGAAAGCGUCGGGAGUCAACAAAUUUAUAUUUUAGAGCAUUUACUAAGGGUGGUAAAGAAUAAGCAACCUCUUUUCAAUAGCGUUCAGCUGAACCGAGAACAGAUACGCGAAUGCAAUCAACUUAUUUGGAACGGAAAUAUUGCCAAUAGGCUUAAACUACUGCAUCAACUGAAUGCAAUUUUAGCAAAAAAAGACCUAUCUGAGAGAGGCUUGUAUCAGGUAAAUGAAAAAUUAAGUCUCUUGUUAUCUACAAAUGCGCAAGAACCUAGAAAUAAUAUUUUGGAUGGCCACACACUGACCAUUAUACUGAUAGAGACGUUAAUUAAUAUUUGCCACAUAGUUUCCAAAGAUAUUAGUGAGUCAAGAAUACGAGAGUCUCUGCGACAUUCAAUCAUCGACUGUGUUCAGUCACGCUUCAUAAAAAACUACGUGACAAAUAUGUGGAAAUAUGCUAAACAGGAGCUAUAG